CUCGAGCUGGACACGAGGCGAGCUGGCUCGCGUGCACCUUCAGGAAACUCCAUUUAUCGAUCCUCCGAUUCGCUUUCGCGCUUUCGAAGAACGAACGCGAACGGUACGACGCAAGCUCGUGCCGAACGAGAGGAGAGCUUUCCUAGUGCGACUAGUGGGGUGCUUUUAUAUGUUGCUUCUAUCCGUGUGUGUUGAAAAGAGCAAGAGAGAGAGAGAGAGGGAGAGAGAGGGAGGGAGAGAAAGAGAGAGAAAGAGAGAAAGAGAAGAGAGAGAAGAGAAAAAGAGAGAAAGAGAAAAAGAGAGAAAGAGAAAGAUAUAGGGAGAUAGACGUGUAUAUACAUCUCUCCCUCUUCAUCUUUACCACCUCGUUCUACCUCCCUCUUUCGAGUAGCCCGCGCUCAACGUUACGUUUCGUUUCGUUUCCUCGAGAUAUUCUACUCUAGAUACCUCCACUUCCUCGUCUUCGUCAUCAUCACCUUACUAACUAGCUUUUGCCGUUGCCGUCAUCAUAAGGCGGCUACAUAAAUAUAGAUUACGCGCAUUGAGAGAGUACGCAUUUCCGGCAUCCAAAUAGGUGCGAGGUAAUCUAUACGAUCAUGCCGGAGAAGAUGAACGAUCAAGAGGACCUGGAAUACUGCAUAAUGUUCCCUUCCUUUCCACCAUCGCCAAAGGAUCCGACGACGUUGACUUCGUCCACGAACAAUGGACAGGAUCACAAGGAGGAAUUCGUCUUCGUUUAUGAAGAGGACAAACGGCCACUUGUCGUUCUACUUGGAUGGGCUGGCUGUCAAGAUAGAUACUUGGCUAAAUACAGUGCUAUCUACAAGGAGAAGAGUUGCAUCACUCUCCGUUAUACGGCACCGAUGGAAUGUCUAUUUGGACGAAGAGAUAAAAUGCCUUAUAUAGGCAAACGAUUAUUACAGGUGAUUGCUAAAAACAGUUUGAACGAUCAUCCGAUAUUCUUUCAUAUAUUCAGCAACGGUGGUGCUUUGCUUUAUCAACACAUCAGUAUCGCGAUGCAACAAAUGGAUUCUCCGAUACAAUCCCAAGUGAAAGGGGUAAUUUUUGACAGCGCGCCUGGUGAAAGAAGAGUUACGUCCCUGUUCAAAGCUAUCAGUGCUAUCAUCGGUGGACAUCCUCUGACGAAUAUACCAAUGUCUUUCUUCAUUACAAUCUUCCUCUCAAUGUUCUGGUUCUUCGAGGUGAUCGCUCAUGCUCUUGGACGAGGUUUCACCAUUCAAUCUAAUCCAUUCACACUGAUGGAAGAAUCUUAUUCUUGGCCGCAACUCUUUCUUUACUCGAACACCGAUACAUUGAUUCCAGCUGCCGAUGUCGAGAAAUUCGCAAGCCGACGUGCAGAACGCGGUGUACGCGUACAACUUGUCCUCUUUACAAAUUCACCCCACGUAAAACAUUAUGCAAUGUAUCGUGAGGUCUAUGUGAACACGGUUUGCAGUUUCAUCAAUGAGUGCCUACAAUCUGGCAACCCGUCCAAGAAAUUUGAGAAGUCAGCAAGUCAUGAGGACGAACGAAUCGAAACUGACGUUUUUGACGCCCAACCCGGCCUGACGAAACGCGUCGUUUUGCCUAACGAGGCAACGAAAUAUCAAAAUUAGAAAACACAUGAGAACGAGCCGUACGAAAUAAUAAUAACAAUAAAAAAGAAUUGUUUUUAGCAAAAGUACCUUUGCAUUAUCGCGCGCGAUGAAAAUAUUUCAUGGCGGCCAUUUCGUAACGAACGGAGAACGAAGAUCGAUUAAAAUUAAUUUUUUAUCGAUUUAUUUAUUUAUUUUUUUACUUGCUCAUUUAAUUUUUUUCUGGCGAGCCAAUCAACAACAACGUGUACAAAUGAUGAUCAUUUUUUUUUUCCUUUUUUUUUUUGUUUUUUCUUUGUACUUACAUUUUCUUCUAUAAGAAGACUAAAAAAAAAGAAAAAUAUAUAUAUAUAAUAAAAUAUCAAAGUUCUAUAUCUUCAAGAAGAAUUUUUUUCGUAGAUGAAAAAAGAGGUAAGAGAAGAAAAAAAAAAGAAAAAAAGAUCUCCAUCGAUUUUCGGCUCCGUUUGUUAAUAACAAACGCGCGCUAUUUCCAAUGCUUCAAUUUCUUCCCUUUACACAUCUUCCAUUUCAAUUUUUCCGUAACGCGAGUAAAUAAGUGCGUGUCAAAGGUGCCUCGGCUGAAUUGUAAGUACAUAGAAAGGAUACAUAUGUACAACAAUACAAGACGACCCCAUUGAAAAACUAACGCGGUAAACAAAUAAUUCCGCAGGAACACGUACUCCCCGCGUAGUGAGUUUGUAAUGACUCUAGUUGCACUUUGCUGCUAACUUAAUGAUCAACAUAACAUAAUAAUAUUAAUUAUCAUUAUUUUAACGAUAUUGAGAGGGAGAAAGAGAAGAUUUAUUUAAAUGAUCUAUGUGAGAGAGAAAGAGAGAGAGAGAGAGAGAGAGAGAAAACAUGCUAUACAAAUGUUUAAAAAAAAAGAAAAAAAGAAAAAAAAGCAGAAGAAUUAAAAGGAUCACUCGAACAGCUCUGAAUGUCUAUUUUUUCAAACGCGAUUGUGAAAAAAGAGCAAGGAUCCUAUAUUAUUAUUAGCAUUAUUAUUAAUAUUAUUAUUAUUGUUAUUAUUACUAUUAUUAUUAUUAUUAUUAUUAUUAUUAUUAUUAUUAUUAUUAUUAUUAUUAAUAUGAUUAUAAUUAUUAUCAUCGUCAAAUUCGAUGAUUAUCACAGCCCCGAGUGAUAACUCGCGAAUUAAUCAAACUUGGUUCGAUGAGAAAUCGCACAAAGUAUUAUAACAUAAUAUAAAGUUAUAAAGUUUUGAUUUAGCUUCCGCCAUAAAUCUGAGAUAAAAAUUGCAUCGUGAUUAAACGAGAAAAAAAAUAAAUUUCCUUAAAUCAAACCCCGACGAUCCCAUUCCUUCCCACAUUGUGUCUAUCGUUAUAGGACACUGUGUUAACGUAAAUAAAUAAAUAUAUAUAUAUGUAUAUAUAUAUAUGUGUAUAUGUAUAUAUGUAUAUGUAUAUAUAAAUGCAAAUAUAUUUUGAUCUGUCGAUUAGUUACGAAAUAAAGACUGAUAAAUACCUC